UUCAAGCAAAACCAUCAACACUAGAAGCAGGGCAAAAUAUAAAACCCAGAAAUGGAAGAAGGAAAAGGAAGCGUUUGUGUAACAGGAGGCUCAGGAUUUAUUGGCUCGUGGAUCGUCAAGAGACUACUUGAGGAUGGUUACACUGUUCAUACCACUAUCAGACCUGAUCCAGAUGGGCAUAAAACCAAAAUUGUGGAACAAUGAGUUUAUGUAUUUGACAGAUGCCAAGGGGGAUUUGAGCUUCCUCACAAAUCUUCCAGGAGCAUCUGAAAAGUUAAAAAUUUUCAUUGCUGAUCUGAGCAACCCAGAGAGUUUUAAUGAAGCGAUUGAAGGGUGUUUUGGGGUGCUCCACACUGCCACUCCAUUUGACAUAGAAUUGAAAGAACCAGAGGAAGUGGUUACCCAAAGAAGCAUUGAUGGAGCAUUAGGGAUUCUGAAAGCUUGUCUGAAUUCAAAGACAGUGAAGAGGGUUGUGUACACUUCCAGUGCUUCUGCUGUUUAUCGGCAGGAGAAAGAAUAUGAUGUGAUGGAUGAGAGUUAUUGGAGUGAUGAAAAUCUUCUCAGAGAUUUGAAGCCCUUUGCUUGGGCGUAUUCAAUUUCUAAGACAUUGACAGAGAAAGCAGUUCUUGAAUUUGGAGAAAAGCAUGGGUUGGAUGUUGUCACUCUCAUUCCUACUUUUGUUCUUGGACCCUUCAUCUGUCCCACACUCCCUAGCUCAGUUUAUGUCACUCUCUCUUUCUUAUUUGGUGAGAAGAAUCCGUUUGGUGCCUCUCGUCUUCAUAUGGUACAUGUUGAUGAUAUUGCGCGAGCACAUAUCUUCCUCCUUCAUCAUCCUAAUCCAAAAGGGAGGUAUAAUUGCUCACCAUUCAUUGCAAAUGUUGAAGAAAUAGCAGAGCUUAUUACAGCCAAAUACCCGAAUUUUCAAAUAUCAGUAGACGAGGUGAAGAAAUUUCAUGAUGUGAAGCUUCCACAUUUAGUCUCCAAGAAACUUAUGGAGGCUGGAUUUGAGUUUAAGUAUAGCAUGGAGGAAAUGUUUGUAGAUGCAAUUGAAUGCUGCAAGCAAAAGGGUUAUCUAUGAACCACGAUUAAUAAAUUAUGCAUGAACUUAUAUUUAUGAAUUACAAUAAAUACUAUUUCUAUAUAACAGCAAAUGUUUAGAAAAGUAAAUCGAUCAAACAAUUAUAGUUGUUGUUUUCAGUCAAUUUGAAAUUUGGUUCAUUUAUAAUUUCA